UCUCCCCCGAUGGAUCAGCUCUGUGAAGGAAAUGGCACUUUUGCCAUCAGCUUAUUGAAAAUGUUGGGUGAAGAGGACGUGUCCCAGAAUGUGUUUUUCUCUUCAAUGAGUGUCUCCUCUGCACUGGCCAUGGUCUUCAUGGGUGCAAAAGGCAACACUGCCACCCAGAUGUCCCAGGCCCUUUGUUGGAACAAAGAUGGAGAUGUCCACCAAGGUUUCCAGUCACUUCUCACUGCAGUUAAUCAACCUGGCUCUCAGCACUUGCUUAAAACUGCCAACAGGCUCUUUGGAGAGAAAACAUGUAAUUUCCUUCCAGCCUUUAAGGACUCUUGUCAGAAGUUCUAUCAGGCAGAGCUGGAGGAGCUGUCCUUUGCUAGUCAUGCAGAAGAAUCCAGGAACCACAUAAAUGACUGGGUUGCAGAAAAGACUGAAGGGAAGAUUUCAGAAGUCUUGGGUGCUGGGACUAUUGACCCCCUGACUAAGUUGGUCCUUGUGAACGCAAUAUAUUUCAAAGGGAAGUGGAAGGAGCAGUUUGACAGAAAGUACACACGAGGAAUGCCCUUUAAAAUCAACCAGGAAAAGAAGACAGUGCAGAUGAUGUUUAAGCAGGCCAAAUUUAGGAUGGGGUAUGUGGAUGAGGUCCACACCCAGGUUCUGGAGCUGCCCUAUGCGGGCGAGGAGCUGAGCAUGUUCAUUCUGCUUCCUGAUGACGACACUGACCUCACUGUGGUGGAGAAGGAACUUACAUAUGAGAAGUUCAGAGCCUGGACAAAUCCAGAAACGAUGACUACAAGAAAGGUUAAAGUUUUCCUCCCCCGCUUAAAACUGGAGGAGAGUUAUGACCUGGCAUCUUUUCUUCAGAGUUUAGGAAUGACUGAUGCCUUUGAGGAAGUCAAGGCUGACUUUUCUGGGAUGUCAACCAAGAAGAAUGUGCCUUUGUCCAAGGUUGCACACAAGUGCUUCAUAGAAGUCAAUGAGGAGGGCACAGAGGCAGCUGCGGCCACCGCGGUGGUCACGAAUGCCCGGAGCAUCAGCGUAGAAGCAAGAUUUUGUGCAGACCAUCCUUUCCUCUUGUUUAUCAUACACCACAAGACCAACAGCAUCCUGUUCUGCGGCAGGGUCUCAUCUCCAUGA